CUCUCGUUUUCUUUGCCCCCUCCGUUCAACACUUUUUCCUCACCGAGAUUCUCGCUUUCUUCACUCACUCUCUUAUAUCUCUCCUUCCUAAAUUCAUUCCAAUUUCUCUCUCUCUCUCUCUCUCUCUCUAAAUUUUUCUGAUUAGAUCCUUAAUCCCAUGACCGCCAGCCAUUUCGAUCCCACCACCUACUUUUUUCAUGUCCUGCUUUUAGACGCAGAACCAUCCUAAAGCCAAACAACAAUCCCAGAGAUAGAUAGAAAACAGAAGGACCCAAUGGCCGGAGCAGUAGCCGGCGGCGUCGACCGUACAUCGGAGCUACUGCAAUUACUCAACGACGUCGUUGGUGCGAGCAAGUUCGGUGGCGGCGUUACCGGCAUGUUUAAGAAGGACUGCAGCGAUCUGGUCAGGCGGAUCGCCCUGCUGACGCAUUUGUUCGAAGAGAUAAGGGUGCUUAAAGGCCGCGAAUUUGGACCGUUGGAUGCGUCGACUUCUUCCACGAAUUCCGGUCCGAUGGAAUCCUGGGUGUCUGAUCUGGUGGUCGCCCUCCAGGCCGCCAAGCGCCUUGUUUUGCUUGCCGCCAACUUCACUUCCAAUUUUGCCCCUCCCCCGGUCUCCGCCAAUCACAAUGACGAAGCGAGCAAGAAGAUAAGCUUCCAGUUCCAAUGCGUGACGUGGAAAUUGGAGAAGGCUUUGGGCGACAUACCGUACGACCAGUUCGACAUCUCCGAGGAAGUUGAAGAACAGGUUGAAUUGGUUAGAGCCCAGUUGAGAAGAGCGAUAGAAAGAUAUGGGUUUUCCAUGAAAGGUAGAACGAUGUCGUCUGAUUGCCUCUCCCAGUCUCUGGUGGAGUCUGGAAAAUGGGUGUAUGUAGAGAACAAUGCAAAGACGAUUGGCAAUAUUCCCAGAAGCUUUAGUGCUGAUUCUACUGACGAGAUGGUGAUUCGUAAUAUCGAAGCCUUUCGUGCUGCUGACUCUGCUGAUGACAUCCAUGUCGACGAUCAUGACGAUAUCAAGAAGCCCGAUGCCAAUUCAUCUGCAAUUCCUGACGAUUUUAUUUGCCCAAUAUCUUUGGAACUCAUGAGGGAUCCUGUUAUUGUGGCCACAGGUCAGACGUAUGAGAGAUCUUACAUACAGAGAUGGGUGGAUUGUGGGAACACAACAUGUCCGAAAACUCAGCAAAAGCUGCUGAAUUUGACACUAACUCCGAACUAUGUUUUGAGAAGUUUGAUUGCUCAGUGGUGUAUUAACAACAAUAUAGAGCAGCCCACCGGGAAGAUUAAGAAGAGUGAUGGAUCAUUCCGUGACAUUACUGGGGACAUAGCGACGAUCCAAGCCUUGGUUCGCAAGCUCUCCAGUCGAUCAAUUGCGGAGCGCAGAGCUGCUGUAGCUGAGAUUCGAUCGCUGUCCAAAAGAAACACUGAUAACAGAAUACUAAUUGCGGAAGCGGGUGCCAUACCAGUUCUGGUCAACCUAUUAACAUCAGAAGAUGGACUAACACAAGAGAAUGCAGUAACUUCCGUUCUCAACCUCUCAAUAUAUGACAAUAACAAGGGGCUUAUAAUGCUUGCCGGUGCUGUUCCUUCCAUUGUCCAAGUCCUCAGAGCCGGAAGCAUGGAAACAAAAGAGAAUGCAGCAGCAACCCUUUUUAGUUUGUCACUUGCUGAUGAGAACAAGAUAAUAAUCGGAGCAUCCGGGGCAAUUCCUGCAUUGGUAGAGUUGCUUCAAAAUGGGAGCACCAGAGGGAAGAAGGAUGCUUCAACAGCGUUGUUCAAUUUGUGCAUUUAUCAGGGCAACAAAGGCAGGGCUAUCCGUGCAGGGAUAGUCACAGCCUUACUCAAGAUGCUAACUGAUUCGAGCAUGGUCGAUGAAGCACUGACUAUCAUGUCAGUUCUUGCUAACCACCAAGAGGCAAAAGUCGCCAUUGUAAAGGCAGGCACCAUACCGGUUUUGAUAGACCUUUUGCGAAGAGGUCUGCCUCGUAGCAAAGAGAACGCAGCUGCCAUUUUACUUGCCUUGUGCAAGAGAGACAAGGAGAGCCUCGCCUGCAUAAGUAGGCUUGGUGCGGUGAUACCCUUGACAGAGCUCGUUAGGAGCGGCACGGCGAGGGCCAAACGGAAGGCAACUUCGUUGUUGGAGCAUCUUCAAAAAGUACAGCAGCUAUAACAGGCACAGGGUGUACUAAUUGUACUGCCAAUAAUUUCCAAUUUGUUUGAUUCCUCUAAUUUUUUUUGGUUUCUCAAUGAUUGUUCGUUCCACUAUAUUCCAUUUGUGGUGUGAAACUGAGAAGACGAGCUUGAGACGAAUAAGCGAUCUCAAUGCUUUGUAUAUUUAUUUGUUUCUUUUCUUCUUUAAUAAUUGUGUAAAAUGUAACAUUUGAUGCA